CUGGACUCUGGAGCUCACAGCUGUGAAGACUCAGGCAGGAGGAGGUGAUGAAGAUGAAGAAGCUGCUGGUUUUUCUGCUCGUCCCGCUGCUGCUGACCUGCUGCUCAGAUGCAAACCCUGUCAUCAAGGAGAAGUUUGCCAAGCAGCUUCUCCGCAGCAAGAGACAGGACAGACCCCCGAAGGCCGGACACCCCGACGAGCCGAUGAGGGAGCACAUGCUCUACAUGCAGGUUCUGGACCAGAGGGCCCGGGAGACCAACCUGGAGUACUGGCUGAACCCUCACUGCCCCCCGCGCUGCGACAGGAACUACGGAUACCCGGUCUAAGGAGGACCGCGGGUCUCAG